AUUUGCUUUGCUAAUAAUGGGCGCCCAAGGAUCAAAACAAAUUCAAAGAAAGUUGCCGAAGCAUGUUGUUUCCGAGGUUAAGUCUAGUGCAUUAGAAUCGCACUUGACACGAAAUUCAGGAAACAAUUUAACUCAUAAUGUUAGUACAACGCGUAAUGAAGUUAUUGAAGAAGACGGAAAAGAUCCUCAUUUGUUAGACAAUUUGACGAAAAUCGGACAAGUUACUUUACCAAAGGACAGGCUGACAUUUAAACAAUCGGAGGAAAUAUCGAAAAUAUUCAGAAACAGGCAAGCGGAGAACACAUCAAAUAGAGAAACAUUGCCAAGGAACAGAGUGUCCGUGCAAGAUUUACGAGAUAUGUUGAAUAAAAGAAAUUCUUUCCCGAAUGAAUGGACACUCGAAAAGUUAUCAUCCGAGUAUAAUUUAGACCCGCAAACAAUCCAAAUUUUAUUGAAACAUAUAAACACAUAUACAAUUGAAAGAGGUACGAACACAAUAGCAUCAUGGCCUGAUAGUCCAGAAAAGAAAUGA